AUGGAGAACACAAACACACAGAACCGCACCAAGAGGGUCAGCAUCUUCAAAUCACACCACGCAACCCAAAUCCUCUACCCAAGCCGACUCCUCCUCAAAGAUGGCGAGGCCAUGUCGAUAUCAUACCCGGGCGACGCCCAGGACAGAUUCGAGCGUCAUCCAGUCGUUCCUGACGCCGCCGUGAUCCUCAAUAAGACCAGUGGUAAUCACGAUCUCGAUACUGACUUCACUACCUACAACCCAACUUCUCUGUGGUAUGACGACGACACCAUGUCCACCGGGGACCUCUUCAAGGACAUGCAAGCGGUCACUCAACACGUCGGUGCCACGAAGCUUCGAGUCGUUCUCUAUUACGAGCCAGCUGCUACUGCGCCGGGUGCUCCGCGUAAGAACUACGUCCGCAUCAAUCGAUUCACUAGAUUCGAGUUCCCUGACCGUAAGCCUUUUUACGACAAGGUCGAAUACGAGAUCCCAUACCGAGACCUCCCACGCAGACCGACUACGCCUUGGGAGCAAGACUUGUUCGAGCUUGUUCGAAUGGCUUCUGCCCGUGCGGUGCUACAUGCGCAGCAGAGGCUUGCCGCUGUAGGUGGAAGGCUCCCUGAAUAUCAAUGGAAGGCGCCGAGGACCGUUGCUCUCGAGAAGGCGAUUGCACACCUUGCAACUGUCAUGACCAAGGCUGAGCUCAGUGAGUACAAUAGCACACUUCCAGAUGAGAACGACCACAUCAAGGAGUGCCCAUUCUGUACGGAAGAGUUCGACGAUGCUGACACUACAGAUCCCGUCAAGCUCCGCUGUUCCAAGAGACACGUCCUCUGCAAAAGCUGUGUUCAGAACAUCUGCCGAACAUCUGGGAUUGCAAACGUCCGCUGGCCCUGGUGUGCAGUCCUCCUCGCUAACGACCCGAACAACCACAUCCUCAAGCCGAACUACCUCGAUCCUGCAGCGCCCUUCCGGAACGAUCCUCGCUACACCAAGCACGAGAACUUCGAGCGCGGAUGUGCUGAUCUCGAUGCCGGACACGUUCGAGACGACACGACUAAGAUAGUCAUUAGCAAGGCUCGCUUCGACUUCGUUUGCGAGAUCCUUAUCCACACUUCACCGUCACCUGAACGGCAUGAGCGCUACUGGAGGGACCAUCGCUACACUGCCGAGUACACUAUCGUAACCGCUGCGGUCCACGCAUUCUGCAGGGGCUGGAACGGUGAGUCUUGGCCUGUCAACGAGGUCUACAAGCAGAUGCGGCACAUGAUCUUCCACUGCCUCGCAGACGAGUGGAAGAAGGGUGAGAUGUAUGCUUAUGCUACUGACAAGCUCAAGCAGGACGUUGGAGAAGACCUCAGCAAAGUCCCGCUCCGGCCAGGCUUUGUUGAGUUCAUCGAUCGCUCUCUCAAUCGUCUCCUGCGGUUCAUGGUUGUUCGGAGGUGCGACAGAGAUUGCGGGACUCUUUGUGGGUUUCACGCUCAUGGGGAGCGUUCGUUCCAUAAGGUGUAUUGGGCGACCAGAGAAGACGAUGUGUUCGGAUGCAUUGAAGAUGUGUUGCGCAAGAAGCGUAAGGCGCGGACCUGGGCUAUGGUGUGA